GCGUGAUGAAAAUAUGCUCGAAGGGGGACGAGUGGGCGGGGCAGCGGGGCAGCGGGGCGGCGGGGCGGCAUCAUGGAGGCGCCCAGGGAGGGCGGCGAGUCCGAGUGUCAAGGAGGUCAGGAGUCAGGUGGCUUUUCUGGCUUUAUUCUCUACGGAAUGCGGGUGGAUUGGCUUUAGGCGGGCUUGUGGGUUACGUUGGGUGCAGGCCCGAGAAUGGAGGCGAAGGACGAUCCGAUUGUUUCCCUGGGAACCUUGCUUUGGGGUCAGAAUUGUCCGCUCGAUGUCUUCCAACGUUGGGCUCAAGCGAGGUUUGCAAACCCCAAGCGUCGUUUCUUUGUCUGCAGGGUUCAUGUUCAGCUCAGACGAGCCGACUGCUUUAGUCCAGAAGGAAGGGGGCCCUUGUGCCGUCAUUGCCCCGGUCCAGGGCUUCAUUCUCCGAAGUGCAAUGAUGGAAAUUAAUCCCACGCCAAAGGAGCUGCAGGAUUUGAAAAACAUCAGCAUCAGCUCAAGGAAUGGGCUAUUCGUCUCAUCCCUGUCUGAAAUCCUGCUGCAGUGCAGUCCGAAUCGGAACUUCAAAGUCGCUACAUGGAAGACCCCCGUUCGAGAUGAUCUGUCGUCCACCGACGAAAUGCAUGCCACCGGUAGCGAGCCGAAGGCGGUCUCUCUGCCUGCUGGUAGUAUUACUUCUAUGGAGGACUUUCACAAUAGCCUAGAUUUCCUGGCAAUCCAAGGACUGGAGCAAUUGAGGCAUCACUUGACUGAGUGCAUCUCUCUUCUCUUCAACUCAUUUGGAGUCCUUUUAUUUCUUUAUUCUGUCAUUAUGUCAAAGGCUUGUCCCAAUGAAGUAAACCUUGAUGAUCAGGGAGUGGAGGAGAUGAUGGAGGAAUUGGAGGAGGGGAGCGAGUCCCUCAUAGACAGGACUCACGGUCACGCUUGCCAGGGACUCAUCAACAUGAUGCUCACCGGCAGGGCCGUGUCUCACGUCUGGGAUAACAACCGAGACGUCGGUGGACUCAGUACGGUUUUCACAUUCGUCACGUUCGAUCUGGUACUGGUACCAAUGAAGGGGAUCAAGAAACGAAGUGAAGUGGGCUUUCUCACACUUCUCGAACACCACCGUUACUGUGAAGUUGGUCAGUUUCUCAAGAACCCCAUAUAUCCAAUCUGGCUUCUUGGCAGCGAAACUCAUCUCACUGUGAUCUUCUCAUUUGAGAGGAAUCUAGUCCAUCAAGAUACCGAGAGGGACCGAGCGUGGCGUGCAUUCCAAAACUUUGAUCUGGAGGGAAAGGGUUUCAUUCCCUCCGCAUCCCUUGCCGAUCUCAUGGGCAGCCUGGAUCUUGUGUCCUUGCCAGAAUAUGUGGAGAUAAUGAGGAAGAAGAUGGACAGUGAGGAGCUUGGAAUCAUAAUCCUAUCUUCGUUCUUGGAUGAGUUUUUCCCAGAGGAGGACUCGUCGCAUGGUUCUCCUGAACGAUGUCCUCAUUUCUUCUCACUCUGCCACUACAAUGGUCUACCCCGGUCCAAUCCAGAUGGAAAGGUGAGACUUGACGAGGAAUACCUCUCCAUUUACGAUGGGACAGGGAAGAAUAAAGUGGUGUAUCACGAAGGUAAGGCGGAAAUGUCGGACGGACACCUGCCCGUGGUGCAGGAUGCGAGUCCGAUCCUCGUGUGCCUUCAGACCAAAUGGCCCAGUCUCGAAGUCAGCUGGCCUCAUCUUGCCCAAGUUCCCUCACUCAAUUAAUGGCGAUCUGUUUCAACCCAUCACUCCAUGGAGGUGGCUCUUUGUGUUCCCCAUCUUGCACACCCCUUUUUUUCCCACCAGAGCUGGUCAUUCAUACGGUUUUACAUUCCAUGUUACUGAUCAAUACAAGCACAUAGCUUCAUUUUA